UUUUUAUUCGAUAUCUUAGUUUAUAAAAGAAGGAUUAUUUUUAAGUUAAUAAACGUCAUGGGGGUGUUAUAUAAAUUUGUUUUAAGUCCGUACGUUUUAAAAAUAAAAUAAUUGUAGUUUAAAUGGUGAUAAAUGAAACUGACUGCUGGACUAGUUGUGUGAAAUUGGUCAAAUUAAGUUGCUUAUAAUAAUAAUAAUAAUAAGAAACUGAUUAGCAGACAGCGAUGAGCAAGUCAAAGAUAAAAGCUGACUCGAGUAAUCUCAUACUUUUAUUCCUGUGGGCCAAUGGUUAGGGUCAAAUGUUGCUUUGAAAUGAUCCACAACUUUUACCUUUUGUUGUUUUGUUUUUCAAGAUGAAUAUUCCCAACUGGAGAAAUUUGUGUUCUUGUUUUUUUAAUGAUGGAUCAAUUGAAAGACAUUUGGAAUUGGGGCUUGCUUGGCUGUCAAAUGACCGUGUUUCCUUAUGGGAUGGUUUAACUUUACACUGUUGUUUGUGUUCGUGUACUUUUUUGGUGUUGCGUAAUUGUGACAGUGUUCAACUCAUUUAACAGAAGGAACUAAUUGAUUCAUAAAACAGAUUAGGCAUCCUCUUAUUAUUUUAUUUUUUUCGGAGUUCAAUUUUGAGGUUUCUGCGGCUUAUGUGAGAUGAAGUUUUGAUUGGUUUGAAUAGCAACACAAUGUUUAAGUUAGAGAUUCUGGUGAUCCAAGAAGGCACUCGUUUAUGCAUUUUGCAUACAGGCUUUUUAAGAUUACAUGUCAAGUUGCUUAUGUCUGACACACAUCCACUUUGCAUUUUCCACUUCAUUCGUGUCUUAUAAGCUGGUCUGAUCAUUUUCGACUUUCUGCAUUUUUCUUGAUAUUUGGCUAUGCAACGAGGGCUGUCAGCUCUGCUUCAAACAAGAUUUGGGCCUGACUAUUGUUAUUCCCAUUCAUGUUUGGCUAGUACACUUCUAUAUCCUUUGACAUGAUAGGAAGUUGGCAACAGUUUGAAAUGUCUAAUUGUUUUCUUUGACAGCUGCACUUCAAGGUUUGGAGAGAGCUUCUAUAUCCAUUAACUGCCAUUUUCUUUUCUUGGCAUCAAAACAAGAAAUGGUUGCCUUCGGGAAAAAGUUAAAGGAAAGACAAAUUCAAGAAUGGCAAGGAUACUAUAUGAACUACAAAUUAAUGAAGAAGAAAGUUAGACAGUAUGCUCAACAAAUUGAAGUUGGAACCCAAGAUCGCCGGCAUGUGCUCAAGGAUUUCUCAAGAAUGUUGGAUAAUCAGAUUGAGAAGAUUGUCCUUUUUCUUUUGGAACAACAAGGGCUGCUUGCAAGCAGAAUAGCCAAGCUUAAUGAGCAGCAGGAGGCUCUUCAGCAGCAGCCAGAUAUAUCUGAAAUAUCUCAGUUACGAGAAGCUUAUAGAGAAGUGGGACAAGAUCUCUUAAAGCUUCUCUUUUUUAUUGAGAUAAAUGCCAUUGGUCUGCGUAAGAUACUGAAGAAGUUUGAUAAACGUUUUGGAUAUAGAUUCACUGAUUACUAUGUCAAAACUCGUGCUAAUCAUCCUUACUCCCAGCUGCAGCAAGUGUUCAAGCAUGUGGGUCUAGGGGCAGUUGUUGGAGCCAUAUCACGGAAUCUUCAUGAACUUCAGGAGGAACAUCAGGGAAGCUACCUAUCAAUUUAUGACCAGCCUGCUCUUCCCUUCCAGGAACCUGUUGUUGAUUCAAUGAAAGCAGCUGUUGACAGGCUAACCCACUCAACAAACUUCCUCAACUUCUUGGCACAACAUGCACUCAUCAUGCAAGAAGAGCUACCGACUUCUGAGGGACCUGUUGAUGAUCAGAGAUACCAUUUUAUGUCGCUUCUCUUGAACCUAGUCAACACAUUUCUUUAUAUGGUCAAUACAUAUAUUAUUGUACCUACAGCAGAUGAUUACUCUAUGAGCCUUGGAGCUGCAGCAACAGUUUGUGGUAUUGUGAUUGGGUCAAUGGCUGUUGCACAGGUGUUCUCCUCUGUGUAUUUUAGUGCUUGGUCAAAUAAGUCAUACUUCAAACCUCUUGUAUUUAGCAGCAUUGUUCUGUUCAUCGGAAAUGUUAUGUAUGCAUUGGCAUAUGACGUUAAUUCUAUAGCUAUUCUUCUAAUUGGCCGUCUUUUCUGUGGAUUGGGUUCUGCUAGAGCUGUUAAUCGGCGCUACAUCAGUGAUUGCGUACCACUUAAAAUGCGCAUGCAGGCAUCAGCAGGUUUUGUUAGUGCCAGUGCUCUUGGAAUGGCGUGUGGUCCUGCUCUUGCUGGCUUACUUCAAACUAACUUUAAAAUUUACAAGCUUACAUUCAAUCAAGAAACUUUGCCAGGCUGGGUUAUGUCUCUGGCUUGGCUUUUAUAUCUAGUAUGGCUGUGGAUCUCAUUUAGAGAACCUUGUCUUGAGACUGAAGAGAGCAGCGCAGUGCAGGAAUCUACUACUGAACCGGUAGAAAAUGAUGCCCUCGAGAAGGGUCUUAAAAAACCAUUAUUAUUGAAUUCAGAAGACAAGCAAGAGACUGAAGACGGUGAUGGAGAAUUUGAUGGAAGUGAUGGAGCUCCAGAGGAAUCCCGGGGACCAGCCACGUCAAUUGGAUCGGCAUAUAAGCUACUUACACCCUCUGUAAAGGUUCAGCUGUUGAUAUAUUUCAUGCUCAAAUAUGCAAUGGAGGUUUUACUCUCAGAAUCUAGUGUUGUUACCACAUACUACUUCGGUUGGUCUACAAGCUCGGUGGCAAUUUUUCUUGCAUGCCUAGGGCUAACAGUCCUUCCAGUAAACAUUGUUGUUGGAAGCUACAUUAGUAACAUGUUUGAAGAUAGGCAAAUUUUAUUGACAUCAGAAAUUAUGGUUUGCAUAGGAAUACUACUGAGCUUCCAUAUAAUAAGCCCGUAUACUGUCCCACAGUAUGUCUGCUCUGGACUCAUCAUGUUUGUUUCUGCAGAAGUACUCGAAGGGGUCAAUUUGUCGCUGCUCUCUCGAGUCAUGUCAUCCAGGCUUUCCCGCGGAACCUAUAAUGGUGGGUUGCUCUCAACAGAAGCCGGGACAUUAGCCCGUGUAGUUGCAGAUGGCACAAUUACACUUGCUGGGUACUUGGGCGAGAGUGGGCUCUUGAAUGUCACCCUUCUUCCUUCACUGGUGAUUUGUGUAGCCUCCAUUGUGGCCACCUGCUUUACCUACAACUCUCUCUAUUGAGUAUUGAUCCAUAUUUUGCAGUAAAUCAGUGUUUUUCUCAGGACCUUAGCCCUUCAAUUUCACUCUUUAUUUUACCUGGUUUUCUAUUUUUGUUAAUACUUGUAUAAAAUACAUCAGUUUUGUAAAUUGUAAGAAGCUAUCUAAUUCAUUCACAUUAUCGGAGUCUAA